AAAACAGUUAUUCAAAACAGGAACAAAAGCCCUAAAGAAAAAGAGGAAAAGUAGGCAAAAAGAAGUCUGCUUCUCUUCGGCAUUUGAAUUUGGGCUGGGCUAGCAAGACAUUCAGAAGUUAAAUUGGGCUUUGAUUCUGCUAUUUACCCGAUCAACCCGCCUGAUGCGUUGAAGACUAUAAAAUUAGGCGGAGGUAAGAAAGCAUCGCGACUUUGGGAGGCAUCAUCUAGUGCAUCGUCACCCGCUAGAGUCUUCGCUUUUGCGUUUCACACAGAGCAAGAGGCGAUCGAAGAUGGUAUGUCUGGCGUGUUUGUUACCGCUGUUUCUGGUUCCAAUAGUCAACUUAUUGCCCUUACUCUUCAAUCUCAUCAUGGCAAAGGUUUAUGGGCUUUUCGGAUGGGAGUAUAGGAAGCCAGAAAGGGUUCCAGCUGCAUGUCCGUACAAGCCUGCGGCCAAUAAUAAUAGCAAGGUGGGGGUAGAAACUGAACCUGGUGCACCAGAGCCUGUUCUGAAACCAGUGGGAGUAGAGAAUAGCAAGUGCGACUAAAGUUGGACCACCUCUCCUAACAUACAUGUCACUUAUAAAGUACAAGGUUUUUCCUCAGGAUAAAAAGCUUAUUUAAUUGCUUGAUCGGUAGCAAGUCUUGCUAUAAAGAUGAUUCGUCUAUUUACAGGUUGUUGAGCAAUGGAGUUUGAAUCUUUGAACUUCGAUUGUAUAAAACUGAUUUGGCAAUUCUUGAAGUCGGUUUACUAUCCUUAUUUUUGUUGAUGAAGAAUGGUACUCUGGACAAAGGCGAUUCCAACUAGAACAUUGGGGAUGACAAUUUUAUAAUUCUAGAAAAUUUCACUUGA